GUAGGUGACAGUCUCCCUGAAGUGGAUCUGUUUGAGGAUACCCCAGACAACAAGGUUAACACCAAGGAUGCAUUCACGAAAGGCAAACACAUCAUUUUCGGCGUACCUGGGGCCUUCACACCUGGCUGUUCCAAAACUCAUCUGCCUGGCUAUGUUGAGGAUUCUGAGAAAUUGAAGGCCAAGGGUAUAUCAUCUGUGACCUGUGUGUCUGUUAACGAUCCUUUUGUCAUGCAAGCCUGGGGUGAAAAUCAAAAGGCGGCAGGCAAGGUCAGGAUGUUAGCAGAUACAUGUGGAGACUUCACAAAUAAACUGGGUCUAACCUUGGACGCAGCAGCUAUACUGGGUAAUGCUAGAUGUAAGAGGUUUGCUAUGGUUGUGAAUGACGGGAAGAUUGAGAAGCUGAAUGUGGAACCCGAUGGUACUGGGCUCACCUGCUCUCUGUCUACAAGCCUGUAUGAAGAACUGUAACCGGAUUCUGACAAAGACCUACUUGGUCCUGCAAGGUCUUGAAGGCUCUUGUUUACUUUUAACUCCAUUUGCCAUAGCUUUGCAUUUAUAUUUGUGUGCAGUUGUGUAUUUUAUAGACAUGUCAAACUAAAGAGAACAGUAUUUGUUGGUGUUGGAAUUUAAAAGAAUAUUUGUGAAGGAAAAUUUUCAUUGUUUGAGUAGUUAAUGAAGUAUUGUCUUCAGUUUAUUAGACUGCAUAGCCAAGGUGAGAAGACAAUUAAAGUGUAGCAUACAUUAUUUUGAAUUCACUACAGCUUUUCACAAUUUAUGUGAAGCAUUUAUGUGUUACAGAUAACUGUCAGUAUUAAUAUAGUUAAUAAACAGCAAUAGUACUAGAUUAUUUUUUAUUGUUUGGCUGGAGAGAAGACAGUGCUAUGUAAACACUGGAUAGUGUCACCAAUACUGCAUCUUCAAAGUCCAAGGGUUCUGGAUAUACACCAUGUCACUCCCCUGUAGCCAUGUAAUAAUCAUGAUCAAAUCACUGGUCAGGUGACAGAUAUCAGUCAAAUGAUUAGUCGGGUUUGUUUGAUAUUGAUCCAAUGGCUAAUUGAUACGUCUUUGACUUUGCAGCAUCCAAUGGUACAUCAUAUCAAGUUAGCGAUUUUGUGUGUCCUUGUAAAGGUAUAUUUAUAAUACUUGGAUUUGAGGAUGUGGUGUUGUAUUGAAUAUAUCUAGUCAGUUUUAUACGUAAAUGAUGUUCAUAUUGUGUAAUAAUGGACAAUUUUUGAGAAGUUGGUUAACAAAUUUGCGAUAUCUUAUAUACUCUUCAAACUUAAUUAAUUCUUCAUGGGAAACUUUCUUUGGUCACUGAAAAAAAACAACAACAAACAAACAAAAAAAACCCAGAUCAAAUAUGUAUAAUGUAAGGCCUGUAUUACAUAUUUGUCAGUGACUAUGAAUCUCACUCUCUGUUCAUGUCAAAGAUUAUUGUAAUGCUUUACCAAGUCGACUGACCUCACCAAGUUAUUUUGAUGUUGAUAAACAUGUGUAAAGAUUCUUGAGAAAUGCUGCUAUAAACUAACUACAUUAUUUUGAUAAACCUGUGUCCAGGUUAAGAGUCAGCUGUUAAACUUAUUGGAGUUGUUUUGAUAAACCUGUAUCGAGCGAGGUUUAGAGACAGCUGUUAAACUCAUAGGAGUUAAUUUAGUGUUAAUAAGCCUGUUCUAAGGAACUGCUAUCAGAGAAAUAAAAGUGUAGUUACAAUAAUAUCAAGAUCUAUAUAAUAAUGGUCCUAGAAUUCGAGUGCACGUACUAGGCAGGUUUGCUACUCUCUCCAAAGAAACGUGUUUACAUCUGAGCACAUUUACAAAUAUUUACAUAAGAUGUGGUUAUAAAGCUAAAUUUAUUAUAUACAUUUGUUUGCUUGGUAAAAUCGCGUGUACGCUUGUGUUUAAAAUGUUUGGUUUGAUGUAUAUGUAAUUGGGAUCAUGAGAGGAACAUAGACCUUUGUUGUACACAGUCUUGCUUUUGUAUAAAACGUGAUAUUUUGGUUAUUGUAUCAAUGUUCAGGCAUUAAAACAAUAUGAAGUACACCUAAUAGUCAGUACACAAUUGUCUAAUAAAGGAUAUCCAAAAGUUGCCUCGCUUCAUUGCAUUGAUGACCUAUACACAAGAACGAUAUUAAAAAUAAUCUACAUUUUGUUUUGAAUAAAGACUUCUGGAUGAGUCUAGGUUUUAUCUGUGCUUGGGAAUAUAUACACACAGUCAUGUAGUGUACUGUUUAUAUGUGUGAAAAGAAUAAAAAGAAAAGGAAAUACUCAACUUUC